AUGGAGGGAGUUCUAUACAAGUGGACCAACUAUCUCACAGGUUGGCAGCCUCGUUGUUUUGUUUUAGAUAAUGGAAUCCUGCCCUACUAUGAUUCACCAGAUGAUGUUUGCAAAGGGAGCAGAGGAAGUAUAAAGAUGGUAGUUUGUGAAAUUAAAGUCCAUUCAGCAGACAACACAAGAAUGGAAUUAAUCAUUCCAGGAGAGCAGCAUUUCUACAUGAAGGCAGUGAAUGCAGCUGAAAGACAAAGGUGGCUGGUUGUUCUGGGGAGCUCCAAAGCCUGUUUGUCUGAUACUGGGACUAAAAAAGAAAAAGAAAUAAGUGAAACCAGUGAAUCUCUGAAAACCAAAAUGUCUGAGCUUCGCCUCUACUGUGACCUCCUAAUGAAGCAAGUUCAUACGAUCCAAGAAUUUGUUCACCAUGAUGAGAAUCAUUCAUCUCCCAGCAUAGAGAACAUGAAUGAAGCCUCUUCUCUACUUAGGGCGACGUGUAAUACAUUCAUCACAACGCUUGAGGAAUGUGUGAAGAUAGCGAAUGCCAAGUUUAAACCCGGGAUGUUUCAGCUGUGCCAUCUGGAUCCCUUAGUUUCUCCUGUGUCAACUAAUCCUGUUCAAAUGAUGAAACGUCCUGUCAGUCACCCUGGUUCUUGCAGUUCAGAGAGGAGUAGCCACUCUAUAAAAGAAACAGUGUCUACACUUCACCGAAUCUCCCAGCGGCGCCGAAGAACCUACACAGAUACAGACUCUUGUAAUGAUGUUCCUCUCGAAGACCCAGAUAGACCUGUUCACUGUUCAAGAAAUACACUUAAUGGAGAUUUGGCAUCAGCAACCAUUCCUGAAGAAAGCAGACUUAUGGCCAAAAGAAAAUCUGAAUCGGAAGAUCCUCUUCCAUCCUCCUCUUCCUGAGGAAACGGAAA